AUGCUCUCCACAGGUGUUAGAACCGUUUCGAGGAAACAAGCUGGCGCUUUGUCUGCCAGACUUGCCAAAAGAUCCAUCACUUCUAUUGUUAAUGCUACUACUAGAUUGAACACUAGAACAACUACUACUUCCAUCAACACUGGAAUUUUAGGUGUUGCUAAGAACCAAAUGCCAAUUUCUGGUGGUAUACAUUUGCAAUUGAAUGCUGCUAGAUAUGCUUCAGUCACUGUUAAGGUUCCUGAUAUGGCCGAAUCAAUUACCGAGGGUACUCUUUCUGCUUAUCUUAAGAACGUUGGUGAUUACGUCAAGCAAGAUGAAACCAUUGCUACCAUCGAAACCGAUAAGAUUGAUGUUGAAGUAAAUGCUCCAGUUAGUGGUACCAUUACCGAAUUACUUGUUGAAGCCGAGGAAACCGUUGAAGUUGGUCAAGAUUUGGUUAAAAUCGAAGAAGGUGCUGCUCCAGAAGGAUCUUCUGCUCCAGCUGCAAAGGAAGAAGCUCCAAAGAAGGAAGAACCUGCCCCUGCAAAGGAAUCUGCUCCAGCUGCUCCAAAGAAGGAAUCUGCCCCAGCUGCUCCAAAGAAGGAAUCUGCUCCUCCUGCUCCAAAGAAGGAAGCUACUCCAAAGAAGGAAGAAACUUCCAAGCCAGCUUCUGGUGCAUUCUCUAGAACCGAAGAGAGAGUCAAGAUGAACAGAAUGAGAUUAAGAAUUGCUGAAAGACUUAAGGAAUCCCAAAACACUGCUGCUUCUUUGACUACUUUUAAUGAAGUUGAUAUGUCCAACUUGAUGGAAAUGCGUAAGCUUUAUAAGGAUGAAUUCCUUGACAAAACUGGUAUCAAGAUGGGUUUCAUGGGUGCAUUCUCUAAGGCUGCUUCCCUUGCCAUGAAGGAUAUUCCUGCUGUCAAUGCAGCCAUUGAAAACAACGAUACUUUGGUUUUCAGAGAUUACGUUGAUAUUUCAAUUGCAGUUGCUACUCCAAAGGGUUUGGUGACUCCAGUUGUUAGAAACUCUGAAUCUCGUUCUAUCCUUGGAAUUGAACAAGAAAUUGCCAAUCUUUCCAAGAAGGCUAGAGACGGUAAGCUAACUCUCGAAGAUAUGGCUGGUGGUACUUUUACUAUUUCUAAUGGUGGUGUGUUCGGUUCUUUAUAUGGUACCCCAAUUAUCAACAUGCCUCAAACUGCUGUUUUGGGUUUGCAUGGUACUAAGGAAAGACCUGUUACAAUUAAGGGCCAAAUUGUCUCCAGACCAAUGAUGUACUUGGCUUUGACUUAUGAUCACAGAGUUGUUGAUGGUAGAGAAGCCGUUACCUUCUUGAAGACUGUUAAGGAAUUGAUCGAAGACCCCAGAAAGAUGUUGUUAAUGGAGUAA